AUGCUAUUGAUGAAGAUGGACCUGUUGAACUACCAGUACUUGGACAAGAUGAACAACAAUAUCGGCAUUCUGUGCUACGAAGGUGAAGCAGCUCUAAGAGGCGAGCCCAGAAUGCAGUCUCUCCCAGUCUCCUCUGCGCUCACCAACCAUCGCACAGGCCCUCCUCCCAUCAGUCCCAACAAGAGGAAGCUCAGCGUGGACCAAGGGGAUGAUGAGCUAGACUGUGAAAAUGACCACGUUUCUAAAAUGAGUCGAAUGUUCAAUCCGCAUCUAAACAAGACUGCCAAUGGAGAUUAUCGGAAGGAGCACAGAGAGAGGAGUCGCAGCCCAAUAGAGAGGGCAGCUGCCCCAACUAUGAGCCUUCAUGCCAAUCACAUGUAUGCCUCAAUCCCAAGCUUGACCAUGGAUCAACCUCUAGCACUGACCAAAAACAGCAUGGAUGCAACCCGAACAGUUGGCAUCACACCUACACUGACUUCUGUGGAACGGCAGCAGAACCGUCCAUCUGUAAUCACAUGUGCUUCUGCGAACAACCGGAACUGUAACCUCUCUCAUUGCCCCAUUGCUCACAGCGGCUGCGGUUCAGCAAUGACUGCCUACAGAAGACCCUCUAGCACUACCACUGCCUGUGACCCAGUGGUGGAAGAGCACUUCCGCCGAAGCCUUGGCAAGAAUUACAAGGAGCCUGAGCCAGUGGCAAACUCUGUGUCCAUCACGGGAUCAGUUGACGACCACUUUGCCAAAGCACUUGGGGAUACAUGGCUUCAGAUUAAAGCUGCCAAGGACGGAGUCUCCAGCAGUCCCGAGUCUGCUUCGCGGCGGGGCCAGUCUUCCCCUUCCUCUCACAUGGUCAAUCAUAAUCACUCGCCCUCUGUUGUCUCAUGAAGAGAGGACCGUGACGUUUGUGAAUUUGCAUGGUUUGACUGAGCUUUGAACAGUGCUUAAAAUAGUGUUGGGGGAGGGGAGAUUAGUUUUCAACACACGUUUUUGUGUACUCACUUUUUAUUUGUAAAAGGGUGCCCUUAAAGAUGAUAGCAGGAACUAUUUCAUAAAGAUUCAUAUGAUGUAGCAUCCUUUUUUCCUGCCUCAAUUACCAAAGAAACCUCUGAUGCAAAUCUGCUGCCCCUUAAAGAAAAAUAAUGCACGCUAAUCCACAAAAGCCAUUACACUUAGUUGGUUGACCCAAAUGCUUUUUGCUUUUAUUAGCUUGAGACUAGAAUUUGUCUGGUUUGCUUACGUUGCCUUUUUUUUUUUUCCCUCUGUGAAGUAAUUUUGUAUGUAUAUACUUGAAAAGAACUGUCAUGUAUGAUUUGCACUAUUGGAGGAGGACUGAAGUUGCAUAGCAACUUUCUGGAAGAUGCUAACAUUUUGAGGGCAAACUGCUGAAAAAAGGGUUUAAGGAUGACAUUUCUGUAUCAGUUUGAUUUUUUUCUUAAAGCAAAACAGCUUUGGAAGGGGAAGUCUCAUACAGGUUAUAGGUCUUUCUCUCUUUAGAUUUCAGGUGCUUAGUGCUUGCAACUGGACUGCAUACUUUACAGAACACGGGCAUUUUUUCCUAAACACUGCAGUUUGUUAGAAUAGAGCUGAGGUUGGAGGGUUCAAUAGUGCUUAACGAUGCAUGUUUUAUGAAAAAUAGCUGGUAUCUAUUAAUGUAUAGACAGUAAGAAUCAUAAUACUUAUUAGCUUUUCUUCAGAAUUAGUUUAUUUUUGUCAGUAACAAUCCUAGAUAUACUUACUGCUGGUACAGUUGUACUCUAUGAUAUUUGUAUUUGAUAUUCACUUUAGUAGCAGCCAGCAAAAGAGGACAGCCUCAGGACAGGCCUCAAAUGACGCAGUGUAGAGAUAGAUGAUGCGUGGUACAGGAUGCUAUAGCUUUGCGCAUGACUAAUUGUUUCUGUCUGCAGCUCUGUCUGCUCAGCAGUAAUUUGCUUCCUAAACUUAAGUCUGUGUAAUCCACCUUUAACUAGCUGCAGAAACUGCUACCGUUACGUAUCUUGGCUGGACAACAGAUUGUUACAGUUUGUGAAAUAUGAUCUUUAAUUUUUUUAAGCUUAUUCAUAAACCUAUGCCAAGUUGCAGCAUACAUUCCUCCAUUAGAAAACUUUAUACAGGUAUUACUGCAUUUAUUAUCAUUUGCUAUAUUAAUAGCUACUAACUAGAAAUUAGGCAGUAGAGGCAGGCGUAAAACCACAGCUGUGCUAGUACUAAGAGCUUCUCUUCUUCUUGUUAAGUGUAACUGCUCUCCCCCAUACAUUCCAUCUUCCCAGUACAGUUGCAACUAGGGCUUUUUUCAUACUGGGUUACCUGAAGCGAUUGGUUCGGUGUAGGAAGGUAGAACUAGUUGGAAGAUGAACUACACGUGAUGUAUUAUGGACUAUGUUACAGUAUUGGGUCCAUGGUGGCUUUUAUUUUAUGUUUCUUUUUUAAAGUUAAGCUAUUUAAUUUGGAAAAGGUGCAGGGUAGAAAGAGAUCGGGAGAUUGGCUCUUACUCUUGUUGAGAAGGUGGCUGCUCAAUUUUCUUUAAAAAAAUU